AAGCGGCGUCUGCUAACUGCUUGUGUGACAGUCAAUACUCCUACUUAAACGCUACUUCUGUUUUGACUGCUUUUACUACUUUUGGUGGAGACUGAAGACUAGUGUUCGAAGGGAGAAAGUACUGCCUAAACGUUAGCUAAGGAAAUAAAACAACGUAAAAAUGGAGGUGCUUAAGGAGAAAAUUAUUCAUGUUCAGGACCUUUAUAAAUGGGCGGAUUCAUUGUCAGAUGAACGUGUCAGAGAGUGGCCAUUGAUGUCGUCACCCCUGCCGACCCUUGGCCUGGUGGCAGUUUACCUCACCUUCGUCAAAGUGGGGCCCAGGGUCAUGGAGAAUCGUGCUCCAUUUCAGCUAAGAAUUCCCCUGAUUUUAUACAACUUGGCUGUCAUGUUGCUUAAUCUGUACAUUGGAGUUGAGUUGGCAAUUGUUUCUGUAAGACUCCGAUAUAGCUGGUUCUGUCAACCUGUUAGCUACUCCAAAAACCCAGAUGAAAUGAGGAUAGCAGCAGCAUUAUGGUGGUACUAUGCAUCAAAAUUGAUAGAGUUCACAGACACGGUGUUCUUCAUACUGCGGAAGAAGAACAAUCAGCUCACCUUCUUGCACAUAUAUCACCACUCAACCAUGUUUUGCUUGUGGUGGAUAGGAAUCAAAUAUGUUGCAGGGGGCUCUUCUUUCCUCGCUGCAAUGAUGAACAGUUUUGUACAUGUAAUCAUGUAUGCUUACUAUGGACUCGCAGCUUUUGGUCCCUCAGUGCAAAAAUAUCUCUGGUGGAAGAAACACAUUACCUGUAUUCAGUUGGUUCAGUUUGGCAGUGCUGGUGUACUUGGAGCCCGUGCCAUAGUUGUGGGCUGUGACUUUCCAUUGUGGAUGCAGUAUGCACUGGUUGUAUACAUGGCUAGCUUCAUGUUCCUCUUCGGGCAGUUCUAUGUGCAGGCCUAUAGACGCAAGCUGAUGACUGCCUUCAUUGGUUCACAGGAGAAGAAACUCAAGGAUGGCAGAAAUGGUAACAUGCGCCACCAGAAUGGCACCAAUGGGGUGAUGUCCAAUGGGGUAUCUCCUAGCUCAAAAUUUGCUAAAGGAGAACAGAAAAAGUCCGAUAAGUCCAAUGGGGAGUCCAAAUCCCACCGCACCAAUGUCCGCACAAGAGCCCAAUCGCGCCGUGAGGGCCGUCCACGCCAUGACUCUUAAUCAGGAAUGCAUAAUAGACAUAUGCUGCCAGACUCUCAUCAGGAUUGACAUUUGAAUUCAACAUUUACCUGCUUUUCCUCUCCAGAAAAGGGGAUCAUUGACAUUACUGUGGAAUUACAAAAUUGAUUAUGUGGGAUUGUUUAUUUUAAUGGCUGCUGAAAAAGACUGAAAAAAUCUAUAUUGUUUUGAGACACUGAAUCUCAUGAUUUUCUUGCCCAUUCUUCUUCAAGUGUGCAUUUUCUGAGAACUGCAUUCCACCUUUUAAAAAGUGUUUAUUUUUGUAUAGUUAUUGGAGCUGUUUAAGAAAAACUCAUUUUACUUUUUGUGGCUUAAUGAAAAGUUGUGGGGACAUAUUGGCAUUAUGCUGGAGGUGUUUAAAUGUAACGAGAACAUCUUUGUGGACAUUUAUGUAAGUUAUAUACUAUGCCAAUGCAGUGUGUGAUAAAGUGAAUAAGCCAAAGUAGUCAUAUUGUCAUUGUUUCUUUUGCACAAGUUUUUCUGUGUCUGUGCAAAAUGAAUAUCAGGGCUACAUAGCUACAUAUAUAAGUAUUUUGAAUGUUAUCAUCAUUCCUUAAUGGGGUUUAGAAUUCAAAGAUCCUAGUAUUUUGAAGUAAAGAGUCAAACCUCUCACAGGUAGACUCAUAACAUUUCCAUUAUUUUUAAUAUCAAAUUUGAAAAGAAAGAAACAAGUGCAAGUGAGGUACUAAAAAGUUUAAUUUUCAAAUGAAAUGGUUUGUAGAAGGAAAGCUUUGUAGUUGAUUGUGUGGCAAUAUAAAUGCAGUGCAGCUCUUGUUGUAAUGUU